AUGGCAUCGGUGCGGUUCACGGUGACUCCCACCAAGGCGGAGGACCUCCCCGGAUUGUCGGACACGUCGCCUGACAUCAGCUCCCGCUCGGCCGCCCGCGUCCGCUUCGGCUCGAGUCAGAGCGUCAACCGGAGCGACCCGCUCAGCGAGGGCUCGGGGGGACUGACGACCACCACGGGUACGACGGGGGGAGGAGCCGACACGCCGGACUUCAGCAACGUGGAUCAAGGUGAUGGAAACUCUAAAAUCUCCAGUGUGUACAUCAACAACACUCACGGCGUGGACGACGACGACUUCUACGACAGAAACUUGGCCUUAUUUGAGGAGGAGAUGGACACUCGGCCAAAAGUGUCUUCUCUGCUCAACCGCCUGGCCAACUACACCAACCUGACGCAGGGUGCCAAGGAACACGAGGAGGCCGAGAGCAUCGGAGAGAAGAAGAAACCUUACAAGUCUCCUCAGAUGGGGACGUUCAUGGGCGUCUACCUGCCGUGCCUGCAGAACAUCUUCGGGGUGAUCUUGUUCCUGCGGUUGACGUGGGUGGUGGGAACGGCCGGGGUCCUCCAGGCGCUCUGCAUCGUCUUCAUCUGCUGCUGCUGCACGAUGCUCACCGCUAUAUCGAUGAGCGCCAUCGCCACUAACGGAGUCGUACCAGCGGGAGGCUCUUACUUCAUGAUCAGCCGCUCUCUGGGUCCAGAGUUUGGGGGGGCGGUGGGCCUCUGUUUCUACCUGGGCACCACCUUCGCCGGAGCCAUGUACAUCCUUGGAGCCAUUGAGAUCCUUCUGAUGUACAUCGCCCCCGACGCGGCCAUCUUUAAGGCCAAGGGGCUCGAAGGCGAAGGGGCGGCGAUGUUGAACAACAUGCGGAUCUACGGCUCCAUCUGCCUCCUGCUCAUGUCCCUGCUGGUCUUCGUGGGCGUGAAGUACGUCAACAAGCUGGCCUCCAUCUUCUUGGCGUGCGUCAUCGUCUCCAUCGUGUCCAUCUACGUCGGAGCAUUGGUGUCCGCCUUCAAACCGCCAAAUUUCCCGGUGUGCAUGCUAGGAAACAGAACGAUUAACGCCCACGAUCUCGAGGACAGCCAUUGUGCGAAAACCAUCAUGCUACAGAUCAAAGAGCAGGCGGAGAGAGAAAACAGCAACUUCACGUUCACCAGUGAAAACGGCACGGUGGCUCCAACACUCGACCCAGGUCACGUCCUCGUAGAGAAGACCACGUACAUCUGGAGCCGAUUUUGCCAGAACGCCGAACUCAACGCCUCCUGCGACGACUACUUCAUGUCCAACAAUUUCUCAAACAUCGAAGGAAUCCCCGGUUUGGCCAGUGGGAUCAUUUCAGAGAACUUGUGGAGCUCCUACCUCAGCAAAGGCGACGUGGUGGAGAAAGCCGCCAUGAGCUCGUCUCACGUCGCACACCCGGCCUCCACUCAGCAGCCGUACGUGUUCGCCGACAUCACCACCUCCUUCACACUGCUGGUGGGCAUCUUCUUCCCCUCCGUCACAGGAAUCAUGGCCGGUUCGAACCGGUCGGGGGAUCUGAAAGACGCCCAGCGCUCCAUCCCCAUCGGCACAAUCCUCGCCAUCCUCACCACCUCCAUCGUCUACUUGUCCAGUGUCGUGUUGUUUGGCUCCUGCAUCGAAGGCGUGGUCCUCCGAGACAAGUUUGGAGACUCAGUUCAAGGGAAUCUGGUGGUGGGGACUCUGGCGUGGCCGACUCCCUGGGUCAUCGUGGUCGGCUCCUUCUUCUCGACGUGCGGCGCCGGCCUCCAGUCGCUGACGGGCGCCCCGCGACUCCUGCAGGCCAUCGCCAAGGACAACAUCAUCCCCUUCCUCCGGGUGUUCGGGCACGGGAAAGCUAACGGGGAGCCAACGUGGGCGUUGCUGCUAACGGCCCUGAUAGCCGAGCUCGGGAUUCUCAUCGCCUCUCUCGAUCUGGUGGCUCCCAUCCUGACAAUGUUCUUCUUGAUGUGUUAUCUGUUUGUGAACCUGGCCUGUGCUCUCCAGACCCUCUUGAGGACGCCUAACUGGAGGCCACGCUUCUCCUACUACCACUGGACCUUGUCAUUUUUGGGGAUGACUAUCUGUCUGGCGCUCAUGUUCAUCUCCUCCUGGUACUACGCAAUCGUUGCCAUGGUGAUCGCAGGCAUGAUCUACAAGUACAUAGAGUAUCACGGAGCUGAGAAAGAGUGGGGGGAUGGGAUCCGCGGUCUCUCGCUCAGCGCUGCCCGUUAUGCCCUCCUGAGGUUGGAAGAGGGACCACCACACACCAAAAACUGGAGGCCGCAGCUGUUGGUCUUACUAAAACUGGACGAAGACGCCCACGUCAAGUCUCCCCGCCUGCUGACGUUCGCCAGCCAGCUGAAGGCGGGAAAAGGCCUGACCAUCGUCGGCACCGUCGUCUCCGGCAACUUCCUGCAAAGCUACGGAGAGGCUCUCGCUGCCGAACAGACUCUGAAGCACCUGAUGGAUAAGGAGCGAGUUAAAGGUUUCUGUCAGUGCAUCGUUGCCCAGAAACCGCGCGACGGCAUCAGCCACAUGAUCCAGUCCAGCGGCCUCGGAGGGAUGAAACCCAACACCGUGGUGAUGGGUUGGCCGCACGCCUGGAGGCAGAGCGAAGACCCUCAGUCCUGGAAGACAUUCAUCAACACGGUGCGGGUGACCACAGCAGCUCACCUGGCCCUGCUGGUGCCCAAAAACAUCUCUCUGUUCCCCAGCAACAGUGAGCCGUGCACGGAGGGUUACAUCGACGUGUGGUGGAUCGUGCACGACGGCGGGAUGCUGAUGCUGCUGCCCUUCCUGCUGCGUCAACACAAGGUGUGGCGUAAGUGCGGGAUGCGGAUCUUCACAGUGGCCCAGAUGGAGGAUAACUCCAUCCAGAUGAAGAAAGACCUGGCAACCUUCCUCUAUCACCUGCGUAUCGAGGCCGAGGUGGAAGUAGUAGAGAUGCACGACAGCGAUAUCAGCGCCUACACCUACGAGCGAACCCUGAUGAUGGAGCAGAGAUCUCAGAUGCUCCGACAGAUGCGACUGUCUAAAUCAGACCGGGAUAGAGAGAGGGUUCGCUGGAGCUUUGAUGAUGUGUAUCUCUCCCCCAGGUACAGCACUAUUGGAAGCCACACUUCAAACACCUACAAAGGAAGCAGAGACAGACAGGCCCAGCUGGUGAAGGAUCGUAACUCCAUGCUGCGCCUGACGAGCAUCGGCUCGGACGACGACGACGACACGGACGGCGUAGAGCGAGACAGAGUGGUGAGCAGCAGCUCUGAGCAUCACCGCCGAGUUCAGAUGACCUGGACCAAAGAGAAGACCUCGCAGUACCGGGCGGCACACUCCGGCUGCUCCACGCCCGAAGGCUUCAGAGACAUGCUCAGCAUCCGGCCGGAUCACUCCAACGUCAGACGGAUGCACACCGCCGUCAAGCUCAAUGAGGUCAUUGUCAACAAAUCCCAUGAUGCCCGGGUCGUCCUGCUCAACAUGCCGGGACCCCCCAGAAACACAGAUGGAGACGAGAACUACAUGGAGUUCCUCGAGGUCCUCACCGAAGGUUUGGAGCGAGUCCUGUUGGUCAGAGGCGGAGGAAGUGAAGUCAUCACCAUCUACUCCUGAUUGGACGAACGAGGAGGAAGCCAGAAGCUCUUUUUUUAAAAGAAGAAGCAGCC